AUGCAAUGGAAAAGACGCCACUGCUGUUCAUACGGCAAAUACCUCUUCUCUCUCCUGUCACUUCUGGUAGUGCUGCUCUUCUUGGUUCAACAAAAAUAUCAGCCUACUGUCAGAGAAGGACUGCAGGUCAGAUACACCCCUGUGUCAUUUUGGGGUGAUGAACUAAACACCACAAAACCCAAACUGAACGUGAGCCGUCAAAUUUCAGAGACAUGGCUGGUCACUAAUCCUCUGACCACUGUUGUCAACAUCAGCUCACAGAAGGAAGCUGCCCCCUCUCCUCAAGAAGUGCCUAAUGUUAAAACCACUAUGGCAGUCAGUGUGGAGGGAGAACACAAAGACAAUAUCACCCCUGGGCCUUACGCUUAUAUCAUCAGUGAGCCUGACAAAUGUUCACAGAGCAGACAGGCACCAUUUCUGGUGUUGCUGAUAUCCACUGAGGCUCGGCAAGAGAAAGCCAGAAAUGCCAUUCGACAGACAUGGGGAAAUGAGAGCGUGACUCCAGAUCUCAGACUCAUUCAUCUGUUUCUCCUGGGAAGAAAUGGUGAAAAGCUGGGAGUAUUACAGCAGAAGAUGCUUGAAGCAGAGAGUAGCAGGCACCACGAUAUCAUCCAGCAGGACUUCAGAGAUACCUACAACAACCUGACCAUUAAGACACUGAUGGGACUGAACUGGGUGGCGUUACACUGCCCACAAGCCAGCUAUGUUAUGAAGACAGACAGUGACAUGUUCGUCAACACUGAGAACCUCAUUGAGAACCUACUCCAGCCAAAAAUGAAGCCUAAGAUGAACUACUUUACAGGUCACAUGAUGGAAGACUUUUCUCCCAUUAGAAAUAAUGAAAGUAAAUGGUACGUGCCCCCUGAGCUGUACCCUGGCAACAGGUAUCCCACCUUCUGCUCUGGGACUGGUUAUGUCUUCUCAGGAGACUUGGUAACAAAAAUCUAUCAGGCAUCUUUAAAUGUUCCCUACAUAAAUCUGGAGGAUGUGUAUGUGGGGUUAUGUCUGGCCAAGCUUGGUGUAAAGCCCACUCCUCCACCCAAUCCACUGCUAUUCAACCACUGGCAUGUGUCCUAUUCCAGCUGCAGGUACAAACAUCUCAUUACAUCACAUGGCUUUAAUCCUAAAGAAAUAUUCAGAUAUUGGCGUCGCUUGCAGAGCACCAAACACAAUGCUUGCAUCAACAUGAUAUAA